UUUCAAUUUCAUGGAUCCUCAAGAUCUCGCUAGCGAUGCGUCGAACGCUCUUUCCUGUUUCCAAUCUGGCAAAUUCGAGGAGUGUAUCGACAUUUUAGGUCAGCUCGCUCAGAAAAGGCAUAACGAUCCCAAGGUUCUACACAAUAUGGCAAUUGCAAAGUACUUCAGGGAUGGUGGCUCGGAAUCAAAGAAACUGCUGGCAGAGCUUUACCUUGUCAAGGUAUUGUGUUGCCCUUUACUCUCUCAAAAGUGUUAACCUGCAAAAGCUAUCUAUCUAUUUCAUCACAAAUCUUCUUCUGCAUUUUUUUUUUUUUUUGUCGUCUAUGACUAUGGGAGAUGAUCUCAAAUUGGAGUUCCUGUUAUCCUCUUCCCUUUUUCUUUUUUUUUUCUUUUUUUUUUGUCUCUCUUCUAUUUCUUCAACGGAAGACCAAGCGGAAGCCGCAAACCCUGGAACUAACGUCUACUUGUCUAAGUAUCAUCAAUUUGAUACUACAGUAACGAUUCUCAACAUUGCAGUUACCUGGUUUCACCUGCAUCAGUAUACAAAAUCUUUAUCCAUUCUAGAAUCUUUGUUUCAAAAUAUGGAGCCACUAGACGAUACAAUCGCACUUCGUAUCUGUUUCUUGUUGCUGGAUAUCGCACUGGCUUGUCGUGAUGCUGUAAAAUUUUUGUAUGCGUUUGGCUAUAUCGACAAAGUUUAUGGUUUUGGAAGUCAAGAAGAAAAUGGAAGCACAGUGCAACUUUCUUCAACUCAGGUAUCAAGCGAGGAAAAUCUAGGGUAUGACAAUGUUAUAGCAGAAAUUGAGGUGGAGAGACGAAUGAAGCUUCUGGCAAAAAAAAUUCUCCCGACAUUAGGCGAAAGGUCAUUCUCGACCGUUGAUCCGAAGCUUGAGUUGCAGCUUUACAAGGUCCGGUUUUUGCUUCUUACCAGAAACUUGAGACUGGCGAAGCGUGAAGUUGAACAUGCAAUGAACAUUGCUCAAAUAAGGGACUCCUCUAUGGCUCUCCUCUUGAAAUCCCAGCUUGAGUAUGCUCAUGGGAAUCAUCAAAAGGUUUUAGAGCUUUUGGGUGUCUCCGAAGAAGCAGAUACUUCAGGAAUUUUCAAGAACAACCUUGGUUGCAUAUACUAUCAGCUUGGAAAAUAUCAUGCUUCCGCUGCGUUGUUUUCAAAAGCUCUAAGGAACUGUUCAUCCCUUAGAAAAGUGAAGCCGUUUUCUCUCUCACAGGAUAAGUCUCUGUUGAUCACAUACAACUGCGGUUUACUUCAUUUGGCGUGGGGGAAGCCACUAAUUGCUGCUCAAUGUUUCCAGAAAGCGAGCCCAGUUUUCGGCAGACAACCCCUCCUUUGGCUCCGUUUAGCUGAAUGCUGUAUAAUGGCUUUACAAAAGGUUCUUUUAGAAGAGGGAAACACUUCUUUCGAUAGAUCAAAAAUCAGACUCCAUGUAGCCGGGAAAGGAAAGUGGAGACACCUUAUGAUGGAAGAAACUGGAUAUAAGGAACUUGCUGGCAGUACCCUAUGGGAAAAGCUUUCAUUACCACUAGCACGUGUCUACCUCUCAAAUGGUAUAUAUCUGCUCAAUGAGUCUCUCUCGAAUGAUUCUAAAUCAGAUCUUGAAUCGACAUUAUUCGUGGGGAUGAAUCUUGAAUCGACAUUAUUCGUGGGGAUGAAUGAGACUCAUGGGGAAGCGAACACGAACUCAGACUCCCUCUCUGCUUUCAAGGAUAUAUGCCGUAGAGAAAAGCAAUUGAUCAAACAGGCUCUUCUUGCCAAUAUGGCAUACGUAGAAUUGGAGUUGGAGAAUCCAAUCAAAGCUUUGUCAGCUGCUACUUCACUCUUGCAACUUCAAGAUUGUUCAAAUAUUAAUGUUUUCCUAGGCCAUGUCUAUGCAGCGGAGGCCCUCUGCUUGCUCAAUCGUCCCACUGAAGCUUGCACACAUUUAUCUGGCUAUCUACUACUUGAACAGAAUGAUUUUAAACUGCCAUAUGCACAAGAAGACUUUGACCUGUGGCGGAUGCACACUAGCUCUGAUUGUGACGAGACAUUGGAUUUGUCCACGGAAACUGCCCUUAAGCCAGAAGAAGCUCGUGGAGUACUUUUUGCAAACUUUGCCGCGCUGCUUGCCACACAAGGAGAUCAUGACCAGGCGAAACUUUUUGUAACACGCGCAUUAAAUCUCUUGCCGAACAAUGUACAAGCUACAGUUACAGCGGUCUACAUCGAUCUAAUGUUGGGUGGUAGGUCACAAGAUGCCCUUGCUCGUUUAAAAAAGUGUUCCCAUGUGAGCUUUGUUUCCCAGACUUCUUAGAAGAUUUGUACUCUAAACGGUAUCAAGCUUUAGAAAUUAAUAUGAGAGGAUUAGCUUUGUACAAGUUUUCUUUUUAAUUGCAUUCGUGACUUAGAUUUGGUUUGUGAAGUGUUAGUCGUUUUCUUGCUGAGGAACAAUUGAAGAUUGGG